AUGCACCUGGCUGACCUCAUCCAGGAGCUGCUCCUCGUCCUGCAUGAGCUGCGCGCGGGCAAGGUGGGUGAGAACGCUGCCUGGUGCUAUGUGUACCAGGCCAUGCUCGGGAUCACAUUUGACUGUGCGGAGAAGGCCACGGAUCCCGGGCAGGGCUUGAGUGUGCUCGCGCGAGGAAGGAAGACCGUCACCGCGACGGCUUCAACUGCCGACAAGCUAGAUUGGCUCAAGUCAAUUCCCAGCGGCGCGACUCACGUCGUGAAUUACAAGACCCAGAACUUUGCGGAGGAGGUCAAGAAAAUCACCAAUGGCAACGGCGUGGACGUCAUCAUUGACUUCGUUGGCCAAAGCCACUGGCAAAAGAACAUCGAUGCCCUUGCAAGGGAUGGCAGGAUGACAAUGCUUGGACUGCUUAGUGGUGGUCUAGUCGACUCGUUCGAUCUGGGUCCACUCCUGUACAAGCGUCUCCGCAUCGAGGGCUCCACGCUUCGUUCCCGCUCGCCUGAAUAUACUGCAGACUUGAUCACGAGUGUAGUCGAUGCUGGCAAGAGCCCGUGUUAUGGAAGCCCACGCAUGGGAGGCGAGGCCCGCUCCACAGCACAUGACCUGUUCUGGUGUGUCGCAGCGAACACAAUCCGGCAGAUGGACGGAGUCCGGGGAUCUAUCGGGAUGUUCACGCUUUCGCGUCUGCGUAUAGGCGCCGUCGCGACUGUUCGGCCGCGCGUUGUCCUGCUCGUGGGCCGCGAGAUAGGCUAG